CUCUCUCCUCCAAAUCGAAGCCAGAGUAGAGGAAAGCAAAAGCUAAAGAACAAAACAACACAGCGAGGACAGCCUCCGCUGGCCUUCCCUUCCUUCUCCUCUUUGAUCUCUUCUGUUCUCCACUCCUCCGUCUUCUUUGCUUUAUCUGCUUUGUUGGAGUUCCUGUUUAGGGAUUUCUCCUUGGGUUUCUUAAUUGUGGCGGAUUUGAUUUCUCUAGUAGUCGCCGUCGGUCGGAGGAGGGAAAAGGGGAGUAGAGGAAUGCCGGGGUUGGCUGUGGGAGGUUAGGCCUUUCCGUCGGAGAAUGAGGAGGCAUGGGCGUGGCGGAGACGCCAAUGGAGCGGCGGACGCGACGGUUGCGGAGGGAGAUAGGCCAGUGGUGGUAGCUGUCCCUUCUGUGGUCGCGGCUGAAGCGUUCCACUACUCGAGGAGUAGAUCUCAGAGCGGUGGGGGCAGGAGAGUUGCUCCUGCCUUCGGUCCGCCCGACGAGGAGGCGGCACUGGUGGUGGUGGAGAAGGUUCUGGAGAAUGGGGACAUGUACACUGGGUCUUUCGUCGGGAACGACCCCCACGGACGGGGGAAGUAUUUAUGGGCGGACGGUUGUAUGUAUGAUGGUGAAUGGCGGCGAGGGAAGGCCGCUGGGAAGGGCAAGUUCUCGUGGCACUCCGGCGCGACGUUUGAGGGUGACUUCCGCUUCGGUCGUAUGGAGGGGUUUGGGACGUUCACAGGAUCAGAGGGCGACACUUACCGCGGUCUCUGGGUCUCCGACCGAAAACACGGGUACGGAUGUAAAUGGUACGCUAAUGGCGACUACUAUGAGGGUGGAUGGCGUCGCAACCUCCAGGAGGGCCGAGGCAGGUACGUGUGGCGAACUGGGAACGAGUACGCCGGGGAAUGGCGGAACGGCGUCAUCUCCGGCCGUGGGGUGUUUAUCUGGGCGAAUGGCAACCGCUAUGAUGGUCUUUGGGAAAACGGCGUGCCUAAAGGAAGCGGUGUUUUCACGUGGCCUGACGGGAGCUGCUAUGUCGGUAACUGGAGCAAAGACGAUCUCAAGAGCAUCAAUGGUACCUUUUACCCUGCUCUCUCCGGUGGCAAAAAGAUCAACGGAAAAAGGAGCCCGUUCUCCCCCUUGGAGGAAACCUUCGUGCUGCCGUCACUGGUACCCGGUUCAAGGAAGAGGCCAUCGGUGGAUGAAGCUCUGCUAGGACGGAGGAGCUCCACCACGGAGAAAAACUUCCCAAGGAUAUGUAUCUGGGAAUCUGAUGGUGAAGCAGGAGAUAUUACAUGUGACAUUGUUGACACAAUCGAGGCGGUCAUGCUCUACAAGGAUGGGCUUCCCUUCGUUCAGGGCACACUAGUUGGUUCCAUGCCGCAGCGGCGCAGCUCAUGUUUCUCGUCAACGAGAGAACCAAAGAAGCCCGGGCUGACUAUAUCUAAAGGCCAUAAGAAUUACAAUUUGAUGUUGAACCUUCAAUUGGGCAUCAGUUAUUCUGUUGGGAAGCCUGGUUCAGUGAGAGAGCUCAAAACAGGGGAUUUUGACCCCAGGGAGAAGUUUUGGACAAGGUUUCCGCCUGAAGGAUCAAAGACAACUCCACCCCAUCAGUCGGUUGAGUUCCGUUGGAAGGACUAUUGUCCCAUGGUUUUCAGACACUUGAGGAAGUUGUUUAAUGUAGAUCCAGCAGAUUAUAUGCUAGGUAUAUGUGGAAAUGAUGCAUUGAGGGAAUUGUCCUCACCAGGAAAGAGUGGGAGUGUCUUUUACCUUACCCAAGAUGAUCGCUUCAUGAUUAAGACGGUGAAAAAAUCUGAAGUGAAGGUACUUCUUAGGAUGCUACCAAGUUACUACAAACAAGUUUCUAUGUACAAAAACUCAUUGAUCACAAAGUUCUGUGGUGUGCAUUGUGUGAAGCCAAUUGGUGCACCAAAGACACGAUUUGUGGUAAUGAGCAAUUUGUUCUGCUCAGAAUACCACAUUCAUAGAAGAUUUGACCUGAAAGGUUCAUCCUAUGGUCGAACAACUUGUAAGGCUGAGGAAGAGAUUGAUGAGGUGAUGACUCUGAAGGAUCUUGACCUUAAUUAUGCAUUUCGACUGCAUAGGUCAUGGUACCUAAAGCUUCUAGAACAAAUCAAGUGGGAUUGUGAAUUCUUGGAAGCAGAGGGUAUUAUGGAUUAUAGUCUUCUAUUAGGAAUUCACUUCUGUGAUGACAUUUCACCAUCCUGGACUGCCCUAUCACCAUGCUCUCCUCCUCCAAAGGCUUAUCGCAAGAGUGACUCUUUUCAAGAUCUAGUGGCUUGGUCGGACUUGCAAUUCCCAAAGUCUAGCCAUCAGAAUAUGGAUACGACAAGGGAUGACUGGAAAUCUUUACUUCAGCUGGGCAUUAACAUGCCCGCAAGAGCAGAGCGCACGACUAAAAGUGGAUCCAUGUCGAUCCACAAUGACUAUAUCCAUAAUGUAAUUCUCUACUUUGGCAUCAUAGAUAUCCUCCAAGACUAUGAUAUCUCUAAGAAGUUGGAGCAUGCAUACAAAUCCUUGCAAGUAGAUCCCAAUUCCAUCUCAGCAGUGGAUCCUAAGCUCUACUCUAGGAGAUUCCAAGAUUUCAUCAGGAGAAUUUUCAUAGAAGAUGAUUGAUUUGAAAAUAACACGAUCAUAUGAGGAAAAAAAUCUGUGGAAGCUGAACAUCUCUGCAGUUUUCUCAAAAGUUAACACAAGUCAAGUAUGACACCUGAAUUUGAAGAAAUGCUAUCAGCUGACUUGUGAGAGGUAAAAAAUCUCCUUGCAACAUAGAAGACUGAUGAUGAAUAAAAUUUAGAGCUUCUUAUUUUCCAUGAUGGUGGAUUGGUGUCUAAGUGGGCAUUUGAAGCUUAAUUUUACACACAGCCACUACAAAUCAAAAUACAGCUUUGGCUGCCUAUCAGAUACAUUGCUUUGAAGAAGGUUGGCUUACCUAUGACUCAAACAUGACAUCUAUGCAGAUCUGAGUACGUAGCUUGAAUUUGAGUGAUUUGUUUUAAGAUGGAAGUCAGUCGGUCAUAUCUGUUUGAGGCUGAAUUUUGAAAGGCCACAAUUUUUGCUUACUGAAAAAAAAAGGGAAAUAUAUCAUGCUCUUGAGAGUUGUGAAAUGCAUCCAAUAAGGCAUGUACAGGAUGAUCAUGAACAUAUUUAUAGAUUAAAUUUAUUCCGACUUUUAUAUAAUCAUUUUACUGGUUUCCUGUUAUCGUUUGCUGUUUGUUUCAUAUGUAUUCCUACAAGCUUUUCCAGGCAAAGCAGAGAAGCUGGCAGAGACUCUCACCCUCUACCCUAUCCUCUUCUGAGAAGAGAAAACUAGAAGUGUAAGAGGCUAUGAGCAUUGGAGCCAAAGACAGUGGAGUGGAACGGCAUCAAAAGCAGAGAAAAGUGCAACAGCAAAGAUGCCUUCCACGUUGCUUGCAGAGGUGAAGGAUGCAUACUACAACCUACUGGCGAUUCCAUAGAGGUAAAACCUUGUCUACGGCUGCUAAUUAUUUGGUGUAUCAAAAUAAACUACUUCUUGUUGCAUGAAGUGGGCAGCACGUCGGACUCUGCCGUGCUUGCCUCGUCCCAGUUUCUCUUUACAAUAUUACUUAAUAAUAUCACUGAAGUCAAAGAUUGUGUCAGCGUUUA